CUAUUUUCCUUUCUGCACUUAAGAAUGUCAAUUCAUCUAGAAAAAAACCAGACAAUAAGGAGACUCCAGAGUCAUACAAAAACUAAAUGGCCCAUUUAGCCGCAGUUACACCCCCCACAGCAAAACCAUUGAUCUCUGCGUUCUCAAGGAAAACAACUCAUUUGGGCUCUCCAAGAUUCCACAACAAAGUCUGCACUUGUAAUACUGUCUCUGAUCAAGAAAGACAUGUCCAAAGGAGGAAUGUUGCAUUGGGGUUGGCAGGUGUGGUGCUGGGAUUGAGUGUGGGUGGCGGGAAUGCAAAGGGGGCAGCGAGACGGCCACCACCACCUCCACCGGAAGAGAAAAAGGACCCAAAUGUGACUGGGGUGACAGCAAAAGUUCUGGCCAGCAAGAAGAGGAAGGAAGCCAUGAAAGAGUCCAUUGCCAAGCUAAGAGAAAAAGGAAAGGCCAUUCAAGAGCCAUCUAAAUAGGCUGUUUGCCUUCAUUAGCUAGGCUAGAUAAGAUCAUUGUGGUCAUUUCCAAGGAUUGUGGAAUCAGAGCAAAAUGUGGCAAUAUAAAUAAUAAUCCUUUUGUUUUUUUGCUGCUAAAUCUCUGUGCGAAGUUUAUUGCCGCAGUAGAGAGUAGACAUUUAUUAUU